AUGAAGUUCAAUUCUGCAGAUUUUCCUAUUAUGAACAGGAUGAUAGUAGCCCGGGAAGAUGGAAUACACUAUGAGAUGGAGAAGAACAGCUUGGCAGAUACAUGGGACAGACUAUUGGAAUAUUACAGUGAGAAGAUCUUAGAAGAGCACAGGGAGGAGGUUGAGGAAGAAGAACUUUAUAGGAUGCUCUCCAAGGCAAGGAUCGAGGUGGAGACUGGAGGAAGAGUAUAUGAGCUGAUGGAAAAGGGAGUACUUGAUACAUACAAAGUGAGGCCACGACAUGUAGAUAGAUGUGAGUUCAAGGGAUAUAUUUUGGACACAUGCAUCAGACUGUUGAAGAAGGGAUACUCUGAGCUGGAAAACGCCAUUAAGAAGGAAGCAAGAGUCUGGAGAAGUGUGGAGGGAAUUGGUAUGCCUACAAAGUUAGUGAACGGAGAGGUCCGGGUAUAUGUGACAAGCACCCAGUACUUGACUGUGACCGAAGAAGGAGAUUAUAUAUGCCCGACUGAUUGGAAACCCCGUGGGUUAACAUGUAGCAUUAGGUAUAUGGAUGUUAGGUUAGAAUACUCUGCCCUUCCAAAGGAUGAUAUGAACAGGAUCGAAAUGGCCAAAGAAUACUUUUUUGAGAAAUCGAUUGUACAAGAGUUUUCUAGAAACGAUGUUGAGAUCAAGAUAUCAGAAAUGGAAAAGGCUACAGAGAAGAACGACAUGAUUUGUAUGUAUGUGAUAAAGGAGUUGAAGGGUGGGAAGAAUAUCAGAGAGAUAUUUUGCAUGGUAAGCCUCUACCUUUCAAGAAAACUUGUUGACAUCAUUAUAUCCGGCCACAAGGAAUGCAAAGUCCUGAAGUAUAACGGUUGCAUUCUUAAGGACGGGCUACCUGAGGUAUUUUUUGUACUUGCUGGCAAUGAUGUUUUCAAGAUCAUAAGACGCAUUCCAGACAGAUUUGAGAUAUUUGUGAAUGAAAUACCAAUCAAGUCUUUUCGAAAAGCCUAA